CCUGGUUGCCGAGUAACGUGUGUACCUUUCAAUGAUGUACGAUUUAACUGAACGUGCAAUUAUGAGCGCCUUAAAGGAUAACAAAGGGAUGGUGACACCAACGCCAUCUGAACGCGCCUGUCCUCCACCCGUUCACGUCAAUAUCGGCGCGGAUACAGAAAAACCACCCCAACAGGAUUCGCCACCCUUCAGGAUCUGGAGGAAGGUUCGAACGUCUCACGCUAUAAAUGGAUUCCUUGCCAUUUUCGUUAUCGUCCUCCUUAUCAUCACAGAAUAUGGCUACAUCCCGGGUACGAAAAUGGGCUACACGUGCCAAGACCCCAGUAUAUCGCACAAAUACCGGGGUGAGGUGAUCACACCAGUCAUGCUGGGCGUCGGAUGUUUCCUACUCCCACUGCUUGUUCUAGUCUUCACGGAAAUACUAAUCAAGGACUCAGUGAAACGAAUGGAUGUCUGGAAUUUGUGGUUCCUGUAUAAGGAGUGCCUUGUGGGUGGAAUAUUGGUACUGGUAUUGACUGAAAUGGCCAAGGUGAUUGUUGGUGAACACAGGCCGCAUUUUUUGGAUGUUUGCGAACCGGACACGGCAGUGGGAUGCUCGCCUGGUAGCUUCAUCGAAGACUACAGAUGCACCAGUACUAAGUAUAAAGGCUACUUCGUGGUGGACUCUUCGCGGUCGUUCCCGUCUGGGCAUUCAUCGACGUCGGUGUUUGUUGGAAUUUUCUCGGCGUACAUAAUACACAGCCGUCUUUUAACAUCUCGCACCGGGUACCUCGCCAAGCCGUUCCUGAUCUCUCUCUGCCUGUCCUGGUCGCUGAUAUGCUCGCUGACCAGGAUAACAGACCGACGCCAUCAUUGGUGGGAUGUUCUGGCAGGCGUCUUCUUGGGACUAGUUGGUGUGACAUACACGAUAUGUUUGGUACGGAAAAAGAUGGACUCCUACGAAGACGACGAACCUCCAACUAAGAUAACGACGUCGACGACGACGUUACUGGAUGUGAAAAACAAAGACGCGACUAGUGUUAUUAUUUAAUUUACGCUGAGGAUCAAUGAGUGACUAUUGAUACCAUUUUUUGUUUUUUUUUUUGUUUUUGAACUUCCAGGUGUGCGGGGACCAAAUGGUUAAUAACUUGAAGAAAUGUUUUACACGUAUAUACCAUUAUUGUUUUAGAUGACACAUCAUAGUUCAGUAGACUAAAAGGCUGGCAAAAAAACGAUUUGUUAGGUUGGUGGACCUUGGAAGGUCAACGGCCAUCCUAACAAAUAAACACUUAUUACUCCUUUAUUUAAUGGAUAAGUUGAACAAAUAAGUUAUUGACACUUUGUUCUAAUAUUUAACUUGAACCGUUUCUGUUUAUUGCAAAGUUAUUCAGUAUAUAUUUAAGUUUCAUUAAAGGUUCCAAACAAGGCCGUUCUUUAACUUUAAACUAUCGUUGUGAUAUAUCAUUGUGAAAUACCAUUACCUGCAAAGGUCUUUUAUCAAAAUGAGAUGUUAAAUACUUACAACAAAAAUGCUCAAUGACUUGAACGCUAUCGUAAAACUUUAUACAGAUAUCAAAUAGGUUGUGAAUAACCUUUAAAGGUAAAAGAACACUUUUAACCGACCAAAGUUUCCUUAUAGUAGUUUAUUUACUUGAAAACCCAAAAUCUUCUGCUGCUGUGUGCUAAGAUUAAUUUUAACGCCGAUGCCGACAAAGCGAGGUACCUCAUUAACAAAAUACGUGUGUCUUUGAGUUCGAUGGAUGUGUGAGCUGAAGGCAUUUCUUCUGGAAUGACAAGGAGCAUGGCCUUUCAUGGUCCACCCACCUUUGAGCAUUUAUUUUUUAGAAUCGCGGAUUUCGAAUACGGUGUUAAGUUUGUGUGUAUGAGGGCAUUUCAGGGUCACUGCAAGGUCAUGUCAAGGCAUUUGCAAAAGCAGCCGAUCAGUUGAGCCCAACCGUCUGUAUUGAGGUUCUUUUGGUCGUUGAGUCCGAAUCAUAUAUCAUUCAGUUACUGCAACGGCAUUUGAAGAUCAUUUCAAGGUCACUUCACGAACAAAUUCAAAAUACGUCUAGGGUGCGAGUCCAGAAGCGUGUCUUGACGUUUUGUGGUCGAGUUCAAAUCAGAGAUCAGUUUGUCUCUAGGAGGACAUUUGAAGGUGAUUUUAAGGUCACUCAAAAAAGGUUAAGUAUAUGAGAUUGUAUUUCUCAAUAAUUUGUAAAAGUUAACAAGAACCGCAGUACUCCACGGUCCACGAACAUGAUUAAUAUUAAUUCGGGCAAAGGGCAGAACAUUAUCAAAAACUUGCCCUAACAUAAAAAAGUGAAGGUAAAGAUAGUAAUCAGUUCAAUACACGAAAAGAACAGUUUUACAACAAAUUAAUGGAAGUUGGUUCUCUCUUUAUAUGAUGAUCCAUACAUAUAGAUAUUCAAUCUUUGAAGAAGCAAUAAAAUGCGCCAUGCUCUCCAGUUAAAAGGUAGUAUUGAUCGAAUUAUGUACCACAACCAUCAAGCUUAAUAGUCCGUCAUGGUAAAGCUGGCGAAGUUCCGAUUCCUUGGCCAACUUAUUAUUAUUAUUAAUUCCUAAAUAGUCAAUGAAUACCAUUCAUUAUCCUUAUUUUGUUUCUUGAAAGUUUGCCACGUUUUCGAAUAAAUAAAUCACUGUGAGUAACUCAGACUGAUGUAUGAUUGGAGUAAAUAUUUGACUACCAUAUUCAGAUGUAUCAGCAGGCUUAUUAUGUAACUUAUAGGAUAAUUUUGCUGUAAAAUAGUUACUGCAACGAAAUCGCAUUGAUUUGAUUUUUGAUCGACUCACAGCAACCUUCAUUCAAUUUAUGCAUUGGAUUUUCUGUAAAGCUAAUCGUAGGCGCAUUCAAAAGAUUUCGUGUAGUUUCCCAAAUAAGGUUUUACAUGUUAUUAAAAUGCUUCUGUAAGCAUAGCGCCUUUUAGUCACAGUAUUCUUAAAAGGGUAUCCCGCACUCCCGAUGUGAAAAAUUUGUUUUUUCAGUACGUAAAAUUUAUAAGGAAUGUAGGCUUAGAUAUUAUUAUUUAUUAAUACUUGAGGACCUAGUCGAAAAUAUGAACUUAAACUUGGUUUCUCUUUUUUUGAUACUGAGAAUGAUUUUCGAGUCCUAGAAAGUUUGUUAUCCGAACCAGAAUGAUUGUAAGGAAAGUAACAUAGAUGCUUCGAGAUAGAAAUUUUCUUUGUAAAUAUGUACAUUUUUUUAUUGAUGAUAUUACCAUAAUUUAUGUUUUAGUCAUUCCUGUGUAUUACGCAAGGAAGGGUGUAUUGGUUUUACAAAUUAUGUUAAAAGUGAACUUAAAUUUGUUAUUAAGAAACAUUAGAACAGAAAAUAUGUGUAAGCUAUCAGUAUUCUUUGUUUCCUUCAUCAGCAAAUGUGCGUUUUAGGUCAAUACAGGAGAUACACAUAUUGAUAGCGAUUUCUUUUGUCAAUUAGCUGGCUUUUCAGUACUGCCGCAAAAGAAACGUUUUGUCAUCAAAUUGUAUCGACAUAUUUAUUACAAUGUAGCAGUUAGUUUAAAGCUUGGAUGAGCGCAUGAGUAUUAUUAUCCUAUAUUUGUGCAGCAAAUAAGAACAAAAAUGUCUAUGAUGCAAACAUACAUAAAUGCUCUUAGAUUUGUAUUGGUUAAUUCAUGACUAUGAUGUGAGGUUUUAUAAGCACUAACUGUUUUUGGAACGAAAUGUAAAUUUUUCAUUUUUUUGACACUAUACGUGAACAACGUGUUCUUGAACAAAUCGAUAUUUUGAAUAGACUCUGCUUUUCAGACUCCUACUUAUUUUUUGAACUGGUUAAGAAGCUCAAAUUCGGGAUGAUAAAAUUGAUUACUGUAUUUUAGUGUAAAAGUAACAGAUGAUAUUUUCAAGAUGGCGGCUGCGUGUCAUGUAUUAUUUUUUUAAAUGGAAUGGGAAGUCAGGUCAUACCUUAUUUUGAAGCAUCCGAUGAGUUUUUUAUAACUCUAAAAUAUAGAAUCACUAUCUUCCAAAAUGGCGAUAGAAUUGAGAAUUUUUGUAGACUGAAUUGCUUAUAACUAGUCAACAUAUGAUCAAAACGUUGUUAUAUAUUGCAUAAAUAUUCGUUUUUUAAAGGAGUAUAUCUGAAUGUGCAAUAAAAUAUAAGACAUAUCCUGUAGAUCCUUCCAGUAAAAGGUUUUGAUGAUUGGUUAUUGGAUUUUAUAUUCUAGAGUUAUGAAUAAGGACUUCAAAACACUAAAACGAUAAGGCUCACUCAUCGAUCUCAUUACCUGGAAUUUCAUUUUUUUAUCUUGACCCGUUCAAGAAGUAAGUAGAUCCUUUUGAAAAACACUAUAUGCAUUAUAUCGAAGAUCUACAUACUUUCUCACAGAAACUCGCUUUAUGAUAGAGUAUAAUAUCACUCUCCCAUGUGUUACUUACAGUUACUGUCUUUCGUCUUAAGAUCACGUAGUUUUAAAGCUAUAUUGCUUCUCAGACACCAUGUAGAUAAUAUAAAAUGUGCAACAGGAUAGCACCUCCCGAAACAGCUUUAUUACUUUAUGGUUUUUAUUUUUGCAUUUUUAUAAAAUGCAUCGUUUGGCUACUCCAGUAUUUGUUGUUGGUGACUGUUACAUCACGACUCCUUACUAUCUGUAAAUACUUGUAGGCUUAUAAGAAAUAUAAC